AUGGAAACCAAGGGCGCAAACGCCCGCGCACGCGCAGCAGGAGGAUUGAGGGCCGGGGGCCUAGAGAUGCCUGCACAGGGUGGGCGCUGGGGGCGCUUCUGGGAGCAGCGGGCCUGGCAGCUGCAGCGGCAGGUGCAGGCCAAAGACGAGCGGAUAGUUGAUCUGGAAACGGAAAAGGCAGUUCUCCACCUGAGGCUGGCGCAGGGCGGCGGCGCGUCCUCGGGGCUCUGCUCCGCGUGCGGCCAGCGGGCCCGGCCGCCGCGGGGAGGCCCCCGCUGGGCUUUGCUCCAGCUCCGCCCCGGGAUUCAGACACUGAAGCAAGACAUAAAGGCGCUGCAUGCCCCUUUUCUGGAAGUUCUCCGGAAUUGCUGGGACCACCUGCAGGCGGCUCUUUCUGAAGUGGCCGCGGGGGUCCAGAGAGCACAGCUCGCCCACCAGGCUCUGCUGACCUGGCGGUGCGAGGCGGGCCGUCUGGAGCGGCGCCUGCGGGACGCGGACGCGCGGUACCUGCUGGAGCGGCGGCGGCGGAGGGAGCUUCACAACCGCCUGGUGGAGCUGAGGGGGAAUAUCCGAGUUCACUGUCGGAUCCGCCCUUUGUUGCCUUUUGAUGAAGAAUCCGAUGAUCCGGCUUCAGGGAACAGCUCGGAGCCUGCGGAGGUGGUCCAGGCCGUCGAUGAGGAAACAGUCCUGGUGAAAUGUGACCGGCCUGCUCACCCUCUGAUUAAUAAAACAUAUCGUUUUGAGAGAGUUUAUGGUCCAGCGGAAUCCCAGCAAGUGGUAUUUGAGGAUGUGCGCCCCCUGCUCACGUCGCUCUUGGACGGGCUCAUCUCGGAAAACCCGUCAAGGAGCCUGAAGGUUGACGUGUCCAUAGUGGAAAUUUAUAAUAACGACAUUUUUGACCUUCUGGCCAAAGACGGUCGCACGGCAGCGUCUGGGCCCAAGCGUGAGGUGCUGACCUCCGAGGAGCCGAAGCAGGAGGUCCGUCCGCUGACCCGAGCGCCCGUCCACAGCGCCGCGGAAUUCAUGGCGCUCGCCGCCGGGAGCCUGCGGCUCAGGGCAAAGCUGGCCACCUCUGUGCACGCCAGUUCUUCCCGAUCCCACCUGAUAAUCACGGCGACGCUGACCACAGCCACCGAGCACAGCAGCUCCGGUGCGUGUCACCCCUGGGGAGCCGAGCAGCAGUCUAGGACGCCACCGCCCGAGGGGAGAAGGCGGAGUGCCUCCGGGGGCAGAAACUCGCUGGGGGCCCCGGGGGCCCAGCGCCCCAUGGAGCAGGUGCAUGCCAAGCUGCAGCUCGUGGACCUGGCGGGCAGCGAGUGCGUGGGCGCGUCUGGAGUGACAGGCCCCGCGCUGCGGGAGACCUCGCUCAUCAACCGGAGUCUGGUGGCCCUGGCGGACGUGCUGGCGGCGCUGGCGGAGCGCAGAGGGCACGUCCCGUACCGCAACAGCAAGCUCACCCACUUUCUCCAGAAUGUUCUGGGUGGUGACGCGAAGCUGCUGGUGAUCCUGUGCGUGUCCCCCUGCCUGAAGCACGUGGCGGAGACGCUGCGCUGUCUGGGCUUUGGGGUCCGGGCGAGCCAAGUCCAGCGCAGCCCAGCCCGAGGGGGCCGUCCCGCCCUCCGGAAACCCAGGUGAAGCAGAAGCGGAGGCUGGGCCGCAUGAGGUGAUGGGCUUUCCUGCCUUAAAAUGAGUUUCCUGUUACUUACUUGACGAUGAACGUGCCCUAAAAUAAGUUCAUUUACUUCAGA